AUGGCCGAAUUGCAAGUAGAAUCCGAGGAGGUGCUCAUGGCACGCUUCGAAGAGCUCAGCGUCAUUGAGACCGAGUUCGAGGAUGUAGAGCUAGAGAUCAUCCGCAAAGCCGAAGCUCUCCAUGCACCCCUCUACACCAAGCGCGCCGACUACAUCAAGAAGAUCCCACAUUUCUGGUCUCUUUCUCGCGUUUUGAGCUCGACGACCCCCAAUGGCUCGCCGCGCAGCUUCGCGCUGAAGUUCGGCUUCAAGGAGAACGAAUACUUCGAGGACAAGGUGCUGGAGAAGAAGUUCUGGUUCAGGAAGUCGAGGGACUGGGCCGGUCUGGUUUCGGAGCCCGUGCAGAUCCACUGGAAGAAAGGCAAAGACCUGACUGGUGGUUUGACAGACGCAGCGUUCAAACUGGGUGAGGCAAGGAAGAAGUUGAACUCAGACUCGUCUGACAUGGCUGCGAGAAAGAAGGAGACAGAGUUGCCAGAAUACAAGGAGCUCUCAAAGAAGAUUGAGACAUCGUUUGAAUCCUCAAUCAGCUUCUUCGGCCUGUUUUCUUUCGUGUCGGGAUACCGGUGGAUCAGCGCGGAGGAGUCGGCGAAGGCUGAGAAGGAAGACAAGGAGAAGCUCGAGAAGAUCAAGCGUGGCGAGAAGCUCGACGAGGACGAGGAUGAGGAGGAAGACUCGCAGGAUUACCAGGAGGUUGAGGUCUUCCACUGGCGGAGACGAGGUUGUCACCAUCAUUGCAUGAAGACAUGUGGCCAAACGCGAUCAAGUACUACAGUAAGUGCUUUGAAGGCUCGAGGCGCAAACACAACUAACGAGUUCACAGAGGCGACAUUCGAUGAGGAAGAAGACGAUGAGGAUCUCUCCGACCUUGACGUCGAAGGCAUGGACGACUCAGAGGUGGAAGCCAUGGUUGAGGACGACUCGGACGAGCAAGAAGUCGACAUUCGCGCACUAGUUGGCAAAGGUCGCAAGUCGGAUGUAGGACCACCUGCCAAGAAGCAGCGCAAGAAGUAG